CCAAUCUGGACCGUCCAUUUCUAUCAGUUGCCGCAUCUUUGGCCCUUUAAAUACCCUCCGAUCUCUACAAUAUCAGAAUUUUCGCAUUUGAUCAACUUAAGCAAUCCGCGAUUUUGCUGAGAUUCGGUUUCGAGAUGGCUCGUACAAAACAGACUGCUCGUAAGUCGACAGGAGGAAAGGCUCCUAGGAAGCAACUUGCAACCAAGGCUGCCAGGAAGUCUGCACCAACUACUGGUGGGGUGAAGAAACCCCACAGAUACCGUCCUGGUACUGUUGCUCUUCGGGAAAUCCGCAAGUACCAGAAGAGUACUGAACUCCUGAUCCGGAAGCUCCCCUUCCAAAGGCUUGUCAGGGAGAUUGCUCAAGAUUUCAAGGUUAUAAAAAUCCUCAAUAAGUGCUCUUUUAGUAAAUGGAAAUUUGUUUAGGAUGCUUUCAGUUUGAUUAUCUCUGUAGUUUAAACCAAACCUUGUAUCAUGAAAUCCGACCCCCCCCC